UCAGGUAGAUCAUUCAGGGGCGACUUCAUCAAUGAAAUAUACAGUACAUUAUUCCAUCUAGAAGCAGUAGGAAUAGUAACUAAUUUUCUUUGGGUACUGGCACAUGCUGGUGUUGAGGGUAAUGAGCAGGUGGACAAGUUAGCCAAACAAACACUCAAGCAUAAAGAGGUAGAUUUACUAAUCCCUGUGAGUAAGGCGGAGGCUAAGGUCCUUAUAAAGAAUCAUGCCAAAUCAAUCUGGCAGGAAUACUGGGAUGACAAUGAAAAGGGCAGACAUCUGUACAACAUCCAAAAACAGGUGGACAAAGGAAGAAUGGAAGGUAGAAGUAGGAAAGAUGAGAGCAUGAUAACCCGUCUAAGACUUGGUCACACAGGGCUUAACGGUACACUAAAAAUAAUAGGUAAACAUCACACAGGAAACUGUGAUUACUGUAGCCAGCUGGAAACAGUAGAGCAUGUUUUAUUUCACUGCAAACAGUAUGAGGAAGAAAGAAGAAACCUUUGUCAGUCAUUAAGUACAGUGAAACACAGCAGUUUUAAUCUACCUGGCAUCUUGGCCCAGUUGGUGGCGGUAAUGCUCCUUUAAGUUGGUUGCCAACCGCCAUAAAACCUUAAAGAAGAAGAAGAUAAGCUGAUUAGUGUAGAAAUGGCUGGAGAUACAGAAGACGAGAUACCUGAAACGGGAGCUGUGUUCACUUUUGGCAAGAGUAAGUUUGCAGACAAUGUUCCCAGCAAGUUCUGGCUGAAAAAUGACGUCCCUUUAAAGCUAGCAUGUGGAGAUGAACACACUGCACUAAUUACAGAGAAAGGAAAAUUGUUCAUGUUUGGAAGUAAUAACUGGGGACAGCUAGGCUUGGGUGAAAAGAUCAGUGUGGAUAAACCAACUUGUGUUAAAGCCUUGAAAUCUGAAAAGGUCAAGCUUGUUGCUUGUGGAAGAACUCAUACACUUGUUUACACAUCAUGCAGUAACCUGUACGCAGCAGGUGGGAAUAAUGAAGGCCAGCUCGGUCUUGGAGACUUUGAGGAAAGAACUUCAUUCCAGCUGGUGGGAUUCUUCACCAAACAUGGACCAAUCAAGAUGCUUGCAGCUGGCUCCAACAUCUCGGCUGCUAUUACGCAGGACGGGAAGCUGUAUGUGUGGGGUGAUAACUCAGAAGGACAGAUUGGUUUAGGAAAGGAGGAAGGGACUUCCACUCCACGUGAACUUUAUGUAGGGAGACAGGUGGUGUGGAUUUCCUGUGGUUACUACCACUCUGCUUUUGUAACAGAGAAUGGGGCAUUAUUCACCUUUGGAGAGAGAGAUGGUGGGAAGCUGGGAUUGUCCGCAGCCCAGAUGCCCAACCACAAAGUGCCUCAGAAAGUGGAGGGCAUCUGUGAACGGGUGCUGCAGGUGGCAUGUGGGGGAGGCCACACACUGGCACUCACAGAGAAAUACCUGUAUUCCUUUGGCCUGGGACAGUUUGGUCAGCUGGGUCAUGGCACCUUCAUCUUCGAGUCCCGUUUGCCAAGAGUGGUGGAACAUUUCCGCAAGGGAAGAGUAAAGCGCAUAGCAUGUGGAGAAAAUCACAGUGCUGUUCUAACAGAGAAUGGACUUCUCUACACGUUUGGUGAUGGUCGUCAUGGGAAACUGGCUCAAGGAGAGGAAUACUUUGCCAACCAGUUCAAACCAACAUUGUGUCCACGAUUCCUCAAAUAUAAUGUGCAGGAUGUUACUUGUGGUGGGUGUCACAUGCUAGUCUUAGCGAAACCUCGGCUCAAAAGUUCAGAAAAUGUGAUUGUAGAGGAUGAUGAUGUGACUGAAGACCAUCUGGAGAAGCUCCUAAGGGAGGCGGAGUCUCGACAUGGUCUGAACAGAAGUCUCUCAGCCCGGGAAAGACGCAGAGAGAGGGAUCACUCUCCAGAGCAGUUUGGAAUGAUGUUCCGGACUCUUCCACCUCUUAGUUCAGGUCACCUUAAUGUGUCUCUACCUGCUUCUAGUCAGACUUUACCCUCACAACUAACCAAAAGAACCUCAAACAAUUUCCAGAGGAAUGGCCUUCUUGGCAGUACUGGCAAGGUCACAGAAGAAUAUGAAGUAGAUGGGAAGACUCCUGUUGAAAUCUUUGAAGACAAUGAAAGUGUGAAAAACUUAGGAGAAACCACUGAUGUAUUAAAUUUAACUCAUGUAAUGAAGAUGCAUUCUGGUGAGAAGACAAUUACUUUGUCUCCUGUUCAGAAGGUAAGUAGUGGAUUGAAUGUGAGAUUUAUAAAAAAAAUAUAUAAAAAGGAAAAGAAGGUUAAAGCUGGGGAAAAACACCGUAACGUGGUGGAGCAACUUAUACAAGACCCUGCCUCUGAUGAUGAGUGGGUGGGGCUUGGUACAACAAAGGCCCUGCGUAAUGAGUUACUAACAAGUCACAGUGGCAAAUCCCAGUUUGGGGAACAUCAAAUUUCCAGCAUUCCAUCUCGGCGUUCCCAGAGCUGGGAUAGUGAUAGAGGGAAUGCAGUGAAUGAAAGUAGGCUUAUAAGGCAUACAGGGAGGAAAUGUAGAACUAAAACAGAGAGCCAGCCAAAGUCUAAAUGUAAGCCUGACUUGCAAAGCCAACUAAUUGAGAUUAAGUCUAAAGCUAAAGCUCAACCAGGUCAAGAGAACUUAAGCAAGUCUAAGGUAAAAGCACAUUCAAAUAAUGUAAAAGACGCAAAGACAGAGACUGUUUAUAAAUCAGACGAAAAGGCUAAACAUUUUAGACAAGAGGAUUUCGAUAAAGUAGGAUCCAAAACAAGGUCAAUGGACAAAAGACAGAGACAAGCCAUUGAGGAAAGGAGGCAGGAGCUGCCAAGAGAAGUUUCUGCUCAAAUCAUACAGGUGAAACAUGUACCUGCAGAGUCUGAAAACAAGGUAGUGAAAGUGAAAAGCAAGCCAAUAGUUGUGCAAAGCAAACUUCUGGACAGUACCAUUGAGCAUGAUGUAAAGACAUGGGAUGGCAGCACUAGCAGUGAACAAUAUAAUCAAGCACAGGCACCAACCAAGAAGACCAAGUUUACCAAACCUAAGCACAACAUGAACACACAAAAGAAAACUAAGGGGCUUGUGCUGGACUUUGAAGAAGCAGUCAGUUCAACAGACUGCCUAAGAUCACAAUCAGAGAACACACUGCCUAGCUCUCUCAUGGAAGCGACAUCACUAGCAAAGGACCUGCCAAUUGAGAGCCCUGUGCAUCUUCUGAAAGAGGUAGCCUCCAGCCAGUUCCUGUCCCAAGCAGCAUCCAUCAACUCUCAAACUAGUAGGCAAAGUCCAAACACACUGGAUGAACAGACUCUUUCAAAUUCUGCCUUCAUCAGUGAGGAUCCAGAGAAGAAAGUAAGCAAAAGGACAGCAGUUACCAUCAAUGUAAUGCCUGUACCUACAGCUUCAGAUGAGGAAACUGAAAGGAACAUGUCUCAGUAUCAAUCCGAGGAGAAAAUUGAAGAUAAAGGAGGAGAGAGUGGGAGGACUGAGAUUGGCCAGUUAUCACAGGAGGAAGAAGAGGAGGAUCAGAGUAGAGGGAUGACAGACAAUGAGAGAUUGGAGGAAGUAAGGGAGAAGAUCAGCAGUGUGGAAUAUGGCAAAGAAGUAAGUAAAAGUGUUGGGCAGGUAACAAACGAUGAUGAUGAAGAGCAAGAUGACACGACGUGGAGAGUGUCGAGUCAAGAUGAGGAGAGCAAAGCAGAGGAGAAAAGUAAGACUGAGUCAGAACAAGGAAAGGAGAGUGAGACCGAGCCUGAGGAACAAGGGAGCAUUCGUGUUAUGGAGGAAAGAGAGGAUGAAGACAUAUGUGAGACUCAGAAUGUGGAGCAAGUAGAAGAAGAAAGCAGAAUGAGCUAUGGUGAGGAAGAGAGCAGGAAAGAAUCAGAUGGAGAGAGAGAGAGCCAGAGCAAUGGGGCAGAAGAGGAAGAAAGUGCAGAAGAGAGUAAAAGUUCUAAAUUUGAAAGUGUUAGUGAGGCUAAGAAGGAUCACGGUGAGGGGGAUGAGAGUGAAGAGGAAGAAAAGAAUAGUUCUGAAGAGGAGAAGGGGUCUAUUGGGAAAGAGACGUAUGAGACAGAGGAUGAAGAGGAAAGUGGAGAUGACAGUACGACAGAUGGUGGUAGUGAGAAAGAUGAUCAGGAGAAUGGGACAGAAGAACAGGCAAUUGAAGGAGAGAAAGAGAGUGAGGAAGGAGAGGAGAGUGAAGUAGGAAAGAAUGAGAGUAAAGAAGAGGAGGAAGAGGGUGAAGCAGGAAAGGAAGAGAGUGAGGAGGAGGAGAGUGAAGUAGAAAAGAAUGAGAGUGAGGAAGAAGAGGAAGAGGGUGAAGCAGGAAGAGAAGAGAGUGGUGAAGAGGAGAGUGAAGGAGAAAAGGAAGAGAGUGGUGAAGAGGAGGAGAGUGAAGGAGGAAAGGAAGAGAGUGGUGAAGAGGAGGAGAGUGAAGGAGGAAAGGAAGAGAGCGGUGAAGAGGAGAGUGAAGGAGAAAAGGAAGAGAGUGAUGAAGAGGAGGAGAGUGAAGUAGGAAAGAAUGAGAGUGAGGAAGAAGAGGAAGAGGGUGAAGCAGGAAAAGAAGAGAGUGAUGAAGAGGAGGAGAGUGAAAGAGGAAAGGAAGAGAGUUAUGAAGUAGAGGAGGAGAGUGAAGGAGGAAAGGAAGAGAGUGAUGAAAAAGAGAAAAGUGAGGAAGAAACAGGAGAGGGUGAAGAAGAGGAGGAGGAGGAGGAAAGUGAAGCAGGAAAGGAAGAGAGUGGGGAUGAAGAUGAUGGUGAGGGAGAGGAAAAGGACAGUGGUGAUCGGGAGGAAGAAGAAUGUGAGGAUAAUGAAUCAGUAGAAGAAUCCGAGCAGAAUGAAGAUGAAAAGAGCGAAGCAAGGAAGGCAGAAGAAGACAGUGAAGAUGACAAAGAAGUGGAGGAAGGUGGUGAGCAAGCAGGAGAGGAUGAAGAAGAAUUAGGAGACCAAGAGGAUAAAGAUGAGGAGGAAAAUGAAGAACAAGUGGGAGAGGAAGUUACAGAAGAAGAACCUAAGAAAAAACUAAAUGGAAAUAAAAAGUCAUCUUUCAUAUCAAAGCAAUCUAAAUCAAAGCAAGAGGCCUCAAAGCGUAAAAAGAGUACAGUUAGAAAAUGCCAGUCAAACUCUGAAUCUCAGGAGCCUCUGCAGUUCUGGGAUGAUGUUCUACCUCAAUACCUCAACUUAAAAUAAACUUGAACUCAAGUUUAAAUACUGAUAUUUAGUGCUAGUAUGACUUAAUAUACAUUAUUUCUCAUUUAUGUCUCAUUUUCUUCACCCAUUUCAUUCAGUGUGUUUCAUUACAGCCGCAUAUGCACAUCAUCUUCAGCUGCUGUUUACUACAGUGUGAUUCUUCUGUUGCUUGCGUACUCAUUUAUCUGCUUAUCUUCUGUAUUUAAUCACUUCUUGUGAUUGCUCGAAAGUUUAUAAAUGCAUUUAUUCAAAUUUUUUCAUUAAGCUCCUUAUUUUCAUUUAUUUUUUCAGUUAUAUGAAUUCUUCAUCUUUUCAGUGUCCCUCUUUGGUUAGUCUGUGCCAAUCUUUUUUUCAUAUUCUUGCAUCUCACAAUAAUUUGCUUUAUUUGCUGAGAAUCUGCUGUUUCAUCUAUUGGAAGGAUGUGUUUUUCAUCAUAACACUGCAAUAUUUUAAACAAUGGAUGUUUGCCACAAUGUUAUAAAACUUCAGAAAUGCAGAGCAAUAAUGAGGAAUUGGAAUGAGUCGAUUGCAAUUUGAGGUGAGAAUUUUCUACCCUUAGCAGAUGAGCAAAUGUAGAUCCUGAUUCUCUUGGUCAGUGUGCGUGCCUGUGUGUGUGAGAGAGAGAAAAGAAAAGAUUAUCAUGGUUUUUUUUGUGUGUGUAACUCCCCACUACAUGCUAACACGCUUCCAAAUUUCCCUUGCCUCCUUGCUUGGACCCCUACCUGUACUCGUUUUCAAUAACAUAUUCAUUUAUUGCAAUGCUUUAUACCAUAGUGCCCUUAUCAUCUUUCUAAGACCAUAGAGUUCAGUGAUGAUGAGACCACUGCAGAGGGAGAGCAGACAGAAGAUGAAGAGGAGGAUGAUGAGGAUGAUGAUGAUG